AUGCAGUUCUCCAUCUUCAGCAUCUUGGCCAUCGCCACCGUUGCCAUCGCGGCUCCCCAGUCCGCUUGUGAGAACGGCGGUCUGUUCUACUCUGACCCAAAGACUCUGGAGCCCUGCAAGUCGGCCUGUGCUGGCGGUACUUGUGCUUUCCAGGGUACCUGCGAGACUGACCCCAACAUCCCUCUUCUCUGCUUGGCCAAGUGCACUUGCUAG